AUGGAAAAUAGUAAUUAUUGGGUAAAUACUCAAUCAUUUAGACGACUCAAUCCAAAGCAUACAUAUUUAUUUUAUAAUAAUGUAGAAGCAGAAAAGUUUGUUCGUCAACAUAUGUCACCAGCUGUUAUUCAUGCUUAUGAAAGCAUGCCUAUGGUAGAAUUAAAAGCAGGUUUUUUUCGAUAUAUUGCUACCUAUAUACUCGGUGGUGUUUACUCGGAUGUUGAUACCGAAUGUUUACGACCUAUUGAUACAUGGACUGAUAAUCGUACGAAUGUUGGUCUUAUUGUUGGUGUUGAAGCAGAAGGUCCAACAUGGAAAAAAGAUUUCGUUCGAUCACUUCAAUUAUGUCAAUGGACAUUUGCUGCCGUACCACAGCAUCCCAUACUUAAACGAAUGAUACAAAAUAUCGUGAAACAAACAGAAAAGCUUUUAAACAAACCAACAAAUCUAAAGACUGUUAUGAAUUGGACAGGUGCAGGCCUUUGGACAGAUACUGUUUUUGAUUAUCUUUAUGAAACAUAUCAUGUUGAAUGGCCUACAUUGACAAAUUUGAAGCGUAGUCGACUUAUUGGUGAUGUUUAUAUUUUACCGAUAACAGCAUUUCAACCGUCUGCUUAUGCAAUGGGUGCAAAAGGAAGAAAUAAUUCAGAAGCACGUAUUUGGCACUAUUCUUUUGGAAGUUGGACACAUCAAUUUCGACAGAAAACAAAGGCAUAG